AUGAGUGUCACAGCGCUGGAGGUCAAAGCACCGCAGACAAAAGGCCGCAAACGAGACCCCACGGAAGCAGAGCUUGAGAUAGACGUCGAUGCUCCCGAACCUCCAUCGAAAAAGGCGCUUCGGAAAGCGAAGAAAGCAAAAGUAUCUACCAGCAACACGUCGCCUGUAACCAAAGAGGAGUCUCGAACCCAAUCGUCCGGGCAAGACGAGUCUGGAGGAAAGGCCAAGCGCUCUGAUCAUGGAAUCUGGAUUGGCAACUUAUCAUUCGGCACUACUAAGGAGGAUCUCCUCAGGUUCUUGACGGCAGGUUCCACCAAGGCCUUACAGCCUGAUCAAAUCACCAGAGUCCAUCUACCCUUGGGACCACCGAAAUUUGGGAAGCCGCAGAACAAAGGGUUCGCAUAUGUCGAUUUCUGCGACCAGAAAUGCGUGGAGACAGCUCUCGAGUCUAGCGAGUCUAUGUUGGCUGGUCGACGUGUGCUGAUCAAAGAUGCAAAGAACUUUGAGGGGAGACCCGAGCAGAAGAACGACAAAGACGGAAAGCCUGGCCACCCUCCGAGCAGGAGGAUAUUCGUCGGCAAUCUGGAUUAUGCAACGACGGUUGAGGACCUUGAGGCUCAUUUUGCUGCUUGCGGAACCAUCACCUCCACACAUAUGGCUACAUUCGAGGACUCUGGGAAGUGUAAAGGAUAUGCUUGGAUCGAGUUCGAACAAUUGGCUUCUGCGGAAAAGGCCAUUCGAGGCUGGGUUGAACCAGACGGCGGGGCAAAACAUGCGGCUCAAAAGUCGAGGUCAGGAAAUGGCAGGAUUUGGGUGAACAAGAUUCAGGGCCGAAAGUUAAGGAUGGAGUACGCCGAAGACAAGGCUGUAAGGUACGAGAAGAGGUUCGGAAAGAAUGCAAAGAAUGCGGCACCAAGGCCAGAACAAUCAACAGCUGAGCCUGGUCUGGUAGAAGUGGAGGGUGACGCGCAUUUGCACCCAGUCACUGACAGGAAGGCCCAAAAGCCGAAGCCAGCGGGCAAAUAUUCCGAGGAAACCGUGCAGAAGCUCACGGGUGCCAUCGUCGAGAGCAAGGGUCAACGGACCUUGUUGGAGUAG